UGUUUGGGUGGGGGAUUCGAUAGCGGCGGCGAGCCGACGACCGACGGCAGUUGCCGCGUCUGGACGACAUCCCUUCAGAUCGCCACCCCGGUCGGACUGUUAUGCUGGAGUUCCCGGCGACUGUCGUCUGAUCGCAGUGAUCACGGAACGUCUUCACGUCGUUGGCGACCCGAUACGCUGCGGUGUCGUUUUCGUUUGUUUUUUUUCGACCGACGGCUCACCGAAUUGACGUUAACAUUUAAAAAAAUUAUAUUUCUUGUUGGAUCUAUAUGACAACUCGAUCACUUAACGUUUGCACCGCUGCCAAGACAAUAUCGUUACAAUUCUAAUUAUAUUUGUGUAUAUGUAAUUUUUUUUUUGAAUUUUUAUUUUAAACGGUUUUUAUUUUGUUCCGAUUUCUAAUGCCACACCUAACGAAGAUGAAGAAUUUCGACAACUCGCUCCGCAAGUACAAUCGACGGGUGAUGCUCAGAACGAGGAUGCAUACGUAUACCAAACAAUAUGUCGAUAAUUUGGUAUUCAAGGCCAUUGUAUGCAGAAAUGUAGUUCAGUGUGAACAACUAUCCGAAGAAGACAUAAAAAAUCUUAAAUUGAACUUACUUAAAAAUAAGAAUGUUACAUUCAAAGACAGUAAUGUAUCCAAAGAAAAUAAUGUAUCUGAAGACAAUAAUGUAUCUGAAGACAAUAAUGUAUCUGAAGACAAGAAUGUAUCUGAAGACAAGAAUGUAUCUAAAGACAGUAAUGUAUCUAAAGACAAUAAUGUAUCUAAAGACAAUAAUGUAUCUAAAGACAAUAAUGUAUCUAAAGACAAUAAUGUAUCUAAAGACAAUAACGUAUCUAAAGACAAUAACGUAUCUAAAGACAAAAAUGUAUCUAAAGACAAAAAUGUAUCUAAAGACAAAAAUCUAUCGAAAGACAAAAAUCUGUCUAAAGACAAAAAUCUGUCCAAAGAUAAAAAUCUGUCCAAAGACAAAAAUCUGUCCAAAGACAAAAAUCUGUCCAAAGACAAAAAUCUGUCCAAAGACAAAAAUCUGUCCAAAGACAAUAAUGUAUCUAAAGAUAAUAAUAUAUCUAAAGAAAGCAGUACAUCUAAAUGCGAUGAACCUGCUAAAAAAAAACAGAAGGUGGAUACAAACGGAAUAGAUGUUUUGAAGUUAGUCUUAUCUAGAGAGGGUGAAACUGAUAAAUUUAAAUCACAAUUCAAGUCUUCAUUAAAACCAAAUAAGAAAAUCGCUUCUACCAGUAAUAAUGAAGUACCUAUGGAAAUUGAUGGCGAAGAAUCUACAACAUCCGCAAAUUCUUCAGCAAAUUCUGUAAAAUGGCUUCAGGUCGUUGAUUUUAGAAAAAUGAUAGAUGAGGAUAAGCAUGCAUGGUACAUAAACGAUUUUUUGGAUAUAAAGCCCAAAAGUAUAGCAAAAAGCGCCAAAAAGUCAGUACUUCCUGUUAAACCAUCUCCAAGUGGAACUAAAUCCACACAGAAUACUAAACAAGUGGUAGUUAAACAACUUGGAAAUAAAGUUCAAUUAAGGGGGGAUUUAACAGAAAUUGAAAAGAUAUAUAGUAAAUACUUUAGCAAAUCCAUACAAGACACCAUUGUGAUUAUUGCUAAUAUACUUAACAUUAUUUCAAUGUCUAAUAAACAUCACAAAGCACGAAUGGAUGAAUCUUUUAAGAAAAAAUCUGAAGCUGAAAAACUUAAAGAAAGAUGUGAUGCCAACCGCUUACACAGCAGACAUAAAAAUAUUUUAGAAUUAAAAUUGAAGACCAAUUUUUUACAAGUCGUAACAUCUUUUGAUGAACUUGAUUUUGAAUCGGCAUUUCGAUUGUUUUUUUUGAGUAUAUUAACUGUACUUAGAGUUUUGGAUCAACCAAAAUUCAAAAAAGGCAGCAUCUUCAAAAAUCUAGUUCUUUUAUUAUGGAAUAGCUUAAAAAGCGGUGAAUAUUAUCAUCCCAAAAUUUUUACGAUGUUCCGGUCAAAGUCAUUUAGACCUGACUGUAUCGAUUUAAUAAGUCUAAUUGAAGAUAGUCGAGAUAAUGACCCCGGAAUCACUGAUCGCAUGGCGUUGUUUUUUGUAUCAACAGUAAACAGCCGGGAUUAUUUUCAAAGAGUUAUUGAUGUCGUUACCAGUAACGAAACUAAUGAAGACCUAGAAGUAUUAAUCGAUAAUGCUACUCUUCAAUGUUGCAAGAAUUCAAAGCUUAAAGAUCCUCCUUUAGAUUCAUCAACUGUACAACGAUCCGUAGACAACACGAAAAAAACACCAGUGACAGAAACUAGUAAAAAUCCUACUACCUCGGAUGAAACAACUCAUCGUUGGGUGCUUGCCAAAAAUCCAGAUGGAACUUUUCAACAAAUAUCUGUGAUAAAUACUAAAAAGGCCCAAACCAUUGGUAAUACUGCAGUAGAACCAUCGACUAUGCCGAAACCGCCAUUACAUACUUUCUAUGAAUCAUUCUCUUCUUCAUUACAAACGAAAGUUUCUUCUGAAUCUUCUAUUCCUAAAGUGAUACAAACAAAAAAAUGCGUUGUUGUUAAGCCAGCUAUUUCCAAAAAUAAUUUGAUUCAAGUAACAGCAUCAUCGUCAGAAACUACAACAGGAACACCAACAUUUGUGACGUUCAAGCCAGCAAUUCAGAAUAAUAAAUCCUUGACCAACAGUCCUCUUCAAAGAGCUGAAGGCGGUACUAUUUUACUUGGUAACAAACAGUAUCAAUUGGUUAAGGGGCCAUCAGGUCAAAUGAGAGCAUUCAUGAAUGGUACUAAUAUAUUAUUUAAACCACCGCCGAACGUUAUUAUUAAAUGCUAUUCAAGAAACUGUAACAAUUCUGCGACAAUAAUGUGCAGUAGUUGUACAACAGUGAAGUACUGUUCCCAUAAUUGCCAACGACGUGAUUGGUAUCAUAAGCAUAUAAAUGAAUGUGAACGAUUAGUAAACAUCAGGAGGACUCGAACCUAAACUUUCCAUUAUAUAUAUAAAUAAUUUCGAUGAGGUUUAUUUAUAUUAAAGGUUUUUUUAAGAAAAUAUUUUUAUUUUUAUUUUUGUUUAAUAAAAUAAUGAAUAAAGCCUUUUCAUAUUUUGAUACUU